ACUCGAACCUCACGCAUCCUGGGAGGAGAGAUUGAAGAUAAGGCCUUCGGCCCGGAGGGCGGGCCGACGUUCUGUACCGCGACCAACCGGUUGGACCUGAGCCUGCCUGGCGGCUCCCAGCCGCCUCGGACCCCCUCCGUCGCUGGGCUUCUCAUAUCCUCAUGGCGAAAUUCUGGGUCUGCGCGGCUGGCGCGGGCUUCUUUCUUGCGUGUCUGAUUCUGCAUUCGCGUUUUUGUGGCUCUCCGGUUUUAAGGAACUUUGCUUUUCAAAUUUCUUGGAGAACUGAGGAAGUUCUUUACCGCCUGGAUGUGGAUUGGCCUAAGUAUUCAGAAUACUUUACUGGCGCAACAUUUAGUGUUGCUGUUGACUCACUUAACGGAUUGGUUUACGUAGCCCAAAGAGGGGAUAACAUCCCAAAGGUAUUAGUGUUCACAGAGGACGGAUGUUUCCUACGAGCCUGGAAUUAUACAGUUGACACACCUCAUGGUAUAUUUGCAGCGAGUACACUACAUGAACAGUCUGUCUGGAUCACGGAUGUAGGAAGUGGAUCCUACGGUCAUACUGUUAAAAAAUACAAUUCCUUUGGUGAUCUUGUUCAAGUUUUGGGUACCCCAGGCAAAAAAGGCACUGGUUUGAAUCCCCUGCAAUUUGAUAACCCCGCAGAAUUAUAUGUAGAAGACACAGGAGAUAUUUACAUUGUGGAUGGAGAUGGAGGAUUGAAUAACAGAUUGGUCAAAUUGUCCCAAGAUUUCAUGAUGCUUUGGCUACAUGGAGAAAAUGGCACAGGGCCUGCCAAGUUCAACAUACCUCACAGUGUUACAGUUGAUUCAGCUGGUCGGGUGUGGGUUGCCGACAGAGGAAAUAAAAGAAUUCAAGUAUUUGAUAAAGACACUGGGGAGUGGUUAGGAGCAUGGAAUAAUUGUUUCACAGAAGAGGGACCUUCUUCAGUCAGAUUUACUCCUGACGGGAAGUACUUGAUUGUAGGCCAGCUGAAUCUUAGCAGGCUCUUAUUUGUGGCAGUGCCCCCAGUAGGAAGCAUCGGCGACUGUUCUGUGAUCAGCACAAUCCAACUAGCGGAUCAAGUUUUACCUCAUCUCUUAGACAUCAGCAGGAAGACUGGAGCAAUCUAUGUAGCAGAAAUUGGAGCAAAACAAGUACAAAAAUAUGUCCCUUUGAAUAGCUUUUUCUCUUCAUUCGGUUCAUGAUGUUUCUUUUCCUGGAGAUCUUUCAAGUGGAAGUUCAGAUUCUCAAAUUCAUUUUUAAGUGCUU